UAUGUUUUCAAGUUACAACUAGCAAAUUGCAAUGGGUUUCUAACCCGUAGCUGACGUAUUUUAUAUUUGUAUAAAUUAGGAAAUUGUACAGAUUUUUAGUGAUAAGUGUACCAUCUGUGUUUAUUUUUAUCCAAUAUUAUUUAUUUCUGUUCAUGAUUAAGAAAUAAUGUCCUUCGAGUACUUACCCGUAGCUGAAGAUGAAAAUGAAGAACCCAUAGAACUUCCAGUCGAAGAUGAUGGGACUUUGAUGUUAACAACUGUGUCUGCGCAAUUUCCAGGUUGCUGCGGUUUAAAAUAUCGUCAUCCUGAUACAAAAACAUUUAGAGGUAUAAGAUUAAGAGACGGCAGACUAUAUCCUCCGCCAGAGGGAUGGAGCAAUCAUUUAUACAUUUGCAGUUUUCCAAAAGAAAAUAAAAGAAAAUCUGGUGACAGCUCUGAGAUUUCACUCUUAAAAAAUAAACGAAACGACAACUUAUGUUCUGAUUUAAUCGUCUUAGGAUUACCUUGGAAAGCCACAGAACAGACGGUAAGAGAAUACUUUGAAAAAUUUGGAGAGGUAUUAAUGGCUCAGUUAAAAAGAGAUCCGAAAACGGGUAUGUCAAAAGGAUUUGCUUUUAUCCGUUUUUCAUCUUAUACAUCACAAAUGAGAGUUCUAGCUCAAAGACAUAUGAUUGAUGGCCGCUGGUGUGAUGUUCGGAUACCAAAUUCUAAAGAAGGCUCUAUCACCUCAAUGCCUUGUAAAGUAUUUGUUGGACGCUGUACUGAAGACUUAUCAGCAAAUGACCUUAGAGAAUACUUCUCACAGUUUGGAGAAGUCACUGAUGUUUUUAUACCAAAACCAUUUCGUGCUUUCAGUUUUAUAACAUUUUUAGAUCCUGAGGUUGCACAAAGUUUGUGUGGUCAAGAUCAUAUUAUAAAAGGAGUAUCUGUGAAUGUAUCAAAUGCCUCACCAAAGCAAAAUAAAAGUAGUUCAAAUCAACGAAACUUACCAAGUCGGAACUAUGAAGAGAGUCAUCACAAUGCAUCAAACAACAAUUCUUGGAGUAGCCGUAACAUGGAUAUGGUUAAUAUGCAAGCUUUAGGUAUAUCUGGCCAACAUGGUCAAUCUGCAGUUGCUGGUGGUGCUGGGCAAGGUCAAGGUGGAAAUAUGCCUCUGAGCAUGGGAGGUUUACCAGUUAACCAAGCAUUAGUAGCAGCUGCAUUAAAUCAAGCAGCUGGUUGGGGUCUCAUCAACAACAUACCUUCUGGAGGAUCAGAGCAAGGUGCAUUUGCUGGACCAGCAUCUUCUGCACCGCCAGCUCCACCCAAUUUCCUAUCUUGGAUGCAACAAGGUAAUUCAGCUCAGGGACCUUCUAGUCAGUGGGGACAAAGGCACCAAUCCCAAGGCCACUCUGUUUGAUCCAAUGGUAAAUAAUAAGCUCACAAUAAUCUCUGUGAUUGUAGCAAAAAUUAGAUUAUAUUAUUUGAAAUUAACUACUACAUAUGGGUUGUUUUUGGUGUAGAGUGGUUUGCUACUGGUGUUAUACACAUAUAUUAAUUUAUUAUGAAUUUGCUUGUUUUGUUGUUUUCCUUUGUCAUUAACUUUUACUGUAGUUUAAAAAGCUUUUUUGUCACAUUACAUACACAUAAUAUGAUAAAUAUUAUUAUUGUUGUACUAUAGUUUUCAUAAAGCACACUAGCAUCAUAAAAAAAUAAAUCAAAUUUUCUAGCUUCAAAUUUCACUUAUAUUCAUAGUUUAUACCUAUAUUUUAUUAGACUUUGGGCAUCAAUGGACAACAAGUAUUCAUAAAAGUAAUGUAAUAUUAUCAUUACGUUAUGACAAAUAAGAAUGUUUUGUUGGUGCACUUAUCAAUUUUAUCAGCUAUUUGUAUAAUACACUAAUAUAGUGAAAAUCCAUAAUUUCUAACAAUAAUUGCUUCCCAUUUUAUUUAAGAAAUUAUUAAUAUAUUCAAAAUGUUUUGAUUUAUUUACAAGAAGUGUAUGAAAAUUGAAGUUGUUUUGUUUUUUGUUGUCAUAAUUAUUAAAAGUGAGCAAGAACAUCAUAUGGAAGUGUAACUGUACCUAUGAUAGAAUAAGAGUACUACCCUACUAUUGUACAAUGAAAUGGUAUAUGUUUUAUGGCAGAUUGUUGAAAGGUCAUACUUGUGUAUAGAAAAGAUAGAGAAUCUAUUGAUUGUUAUCAUUGUUUAACAGAGUAAAUAAUGUUGAUUAUUAUUAUAAAUUUAUUCUGUGUUUCCUCAGGACAUGUGGCUUAAAUCGAGGAUAAGUAUAUAUAUUUUUGACAAAAUAAAUGGCUAGAAUAUU